AUGAAGUCUCAAAAUAUAAUUUUUCCAAGCCAAGGCAAGGUUCAUGUCGAGCUCCAAGAUGUACCUCCCCCUCAGGAUCGCGAGAUCCUCUGCAAAGCAAACGUGUCUUUGGUCAGCAUAGGCACUGAAACACAUUGCUUGCGCGGUAUCUAUGAUCCAGGUACAUACUGGGAAGAAUAUAUCCAAUACCCCUUCGCCCCAGGCUACAGUAUGGCUGCUGUUGUUGUUCAACUAGGUCCUGGAGUCACGAAAUUUAAGGUUGGGGACCGUGUUACGACAUGGGCACCUCACGCUCAGUAUUUUAUCGCAAACCAAGAUCAUUUGGUUAUUGUGCCAGAGGGAAUCGAGGAUGAGGAGGCAAUAUGGGCAACGCUGGCAAGAACAACGCAACUAGGCGUGAGGCGGGCAGAGCUGGCCAUGGGCGAGAGCGCAUGUGUGGUGGGAUUGGGAAUUCUAGGUCAGCUUGUCACUCAAUAUCUCGCACUUUGUGGAGUAAGGCAUUUGAUCGUCAUCGAUACAUCACAAUCUCGGCUUGAUCUAGCUAUAAAAUACGGAGCAACACACGCCAUCUGUUUGCCGGCUGAGGAUGCGAUUGCAGAGGUUGAAAAAACCACUGAUGGGAAAAUGGUAGACGUUGUGUUUGAUAUCACAGGCUUUCCAUCGGUUCUGGCCAGUGCAUCGAAGUUCUUGAGAAAAUUGGGCAGACUAGUUCUCCUAGGUGACAGUCCCACACCUUCUAAACAAAGUCUCGGACCAAGAAUUGUUGGAAAUUCCAUUUCGAUUUUAGGUAUUCAUGGGUUCAUGUUCCCUGAAACGGAAACCCCAUUCAACAUGUGGACCGCCGAGAACAUGACCAGCUUAUUCUUCGACUACGUGCAAAGGAAAAGGAUGAACGUCAAGGGGUUGUUGACCCACCGUUGCUCGCCGUUGGAUGCAGAUGAAGUUUACAAUUCUUUGGCGAAGAAGGGUGAUGCUGUGCUAGGAAUCGCUCUAGACUGGGAAAAGCUGAAAAACACUGAGGCUUAG